CGAUGACCCCCAUGAGAGAAUACUAACGCAACCGGAGAAGACCAUUUCAACUUCCACAGUCAAUAUGUGUUGAGUAACAGCAUGAAUUACAAGCUACAGACUGCUAAGUCAAAUUAUUCAGUGGCAAAGAAGAAUACUAACACACACAGAGAGAGCGAGAGAAGUCAAGGUUGAGAAAAAAUACAUUUCUCAAUCAUUGCUAUUCCAUGCAUGUCCACAGCUAGGCAAUACAAUGUCAAGUGGCAACAUUACUCACAAUCCUCUUUCCCUUUCUCCACCCUCUGUACUCUCCGUACCAAUUUCUCCAACCCCUAACGUGACAUAACAUGUAUGUAGCAAACUAUAAGUUACUAAAUUGGCCUCACACUGCUCUCCUCUUUAACGAAGUGUUCCAAAUGUAAAGCUCUUUAUGUAGUGCUUUGUAAAACAACACGUUCUUCGCUGCGGGAGAGCAUAGGGGAGGCGUUUUAAAACGCGCACGGAACGACCUGAGUCUUCUUCCCAGCUCGCCUUUAAAUCAAACAAGAACUCCCACUUAACCAGCGCUUCCUUCCUGUGUCGGCGCGAGACGAGAUGACGUACUUCAAAGAGAGGAUCAACAAAGGAAGCUGUCUUCGGAUCAAUCACUUCCCAGAAGAUAACAACUAUGACACAGACAGCUCGGAAUACAUCUUACGUAUAGUGCGGGCCUCCAGCCUCUUCCCCAUCCUGAGCAACAUCUUGUUGUUGCUGGGAGGACUGUGUGUCGGGGCUGGGAGGAUCUACAGCAGUAGGAACAACAUCCUGCUCAGCGCCGGCAUCCUGUUUGUGGCUGCAGGUCUAAGCAACAUCAUCGGCAUCAUCGUCUACAUCUCCAGUAAUGCCGGUGACCCCAGCGACAAGAAGGACGAGAACAAUAAGGGCAGCUAUGGAUACGGCUGGUCUUUCUACUUCGGAGCUCUGUCCUUCAUCGUGGCCGAGUCCGUCGGCGUUCUCGCUGUCAACAUCUACAUUGAGAAGAACAAGGAGACGCGGUGCCGGGCGAGGCGUGAGUUCAUCAAAACCACCUCGCCCUACUCCCGUAUCCCUAGUUACCGUUACCGGCGGCGACGUUCCAGUUCCCGCUCCACCGACCCGUCCCGAGAGACCUCACCCGUGGGGGUGAAGAUGGGAGGGGGAGCAGGCGUAGGAAGUGGAGCAAGCUUUGGGAUGCCCAUGGGUGGGAUCUCCAUGUACUCCCUCAGCAGGGACACUAUGAAAAGUGGGAUAGCUGGGUACUGUAGUCCAGAGCGUGACUCAAGCUUCCUGCAGGUCCACAAUUGCUUCCAGAAAGAUCUGAAGGAGGGUGUGAACAGGAGAACGACUCCCGUGUGAGAGUUGGAAUGCAUCUCUGAACUUGGUAGGAUACAGGAGACUUCACAAAACGGUAAAGGAAACAGCUGGACAGCACAAGAUCCAGGAUCAUUGUUGCAACUACAAUACCUAGACCAUCUUCCAUGUUGAAAGGUCAUAGUUCAUAUGAUGGAGUGUGCUCUUUUCUUUGGUAUAACAAAUUGCUGUCUGUCUUCGUUUGGAUGUGGAGGAGAAAUGGAACAUUACCCAAGGUUUAUUACGAAAACCUUUGGUAAAGCUAAUAUAAGUCCAUUUAAAAAAAGACUACAGAAUCCCAGACCUUUAGUAGCAAUGCUUUUGUGAUACAUGAUAGUGUUUUGCAUACCCCUCAACAAAUGGUAGUCAUAUCUUGUUGUUUUGAUGUUGUCAAGUGAUAAAACUCACUUGAGGGGUUUUGCCAUUGUAACUGGUGCUAUACACUUUCAACACACUUUAAAUAUUCUGAUUAAGGGUUCCAAAAUAGUUGUUUGGGCUGUAGGAGAACCCUUUUUUGGUUCCAGGUAGAACCCUUAUUUGGUUCCGGGUAGAACUCUUUUGGACAGGAUUCCAAACUGAAUAAAAAUAUGAACAUAAAAGAUCCCAGAAAUGUUCCAAGUGCACAAAAAGCUUAUUUCUCUAAAAUGUUGUGCACAAAUUUGACAUCCCAGUUAGUGAACAUUUCUCCUUUGCCAAGAUAAUCCAUCCUCCUGACAGGUGUGGCACAUCAAGAAGCUGAUUAAACAGCAUGAUCAUUACACAGGUGCACCUUGUGCUGGACACAAUAAAAGGCCACUCUAAAAUGUGCAGUUUGUCAAACAACACAAUACCACAGAUGUCUCAAGUUUUGAGGAAGUGUGCAAUUGGCACGUGGACUGCAGGAAUGUCCCCCAGAGCUGUUGCCAGAGGAUUUAAUGUUAAUUUCUCUACCAUAAGCCACCUCCAACGUUUUAGAGAAUUUGGCAGUACGUCCAACUGGCCUCAUAACUGCAGACCAUGUCAGCCCAUGACCUCCACAUCCGGCUUCUUCACCUGCGGGAUCAUCUGAGACCAGCCACCUGGACAGUGUCGUGGAAAAUCACUUCAAAUAUAACUCUUACAAGAACUUUUGUAAAACUCAAAUAAAUGUUUUUAUUACAAUUGUAUUGCAAUUUGGAAUGUCCGCGGAACACACACACUCCCAGAGCACUAGUUCGCUCUUUAUACACAAAUAGCAUAUGAGUCCACCCCAUAUGCAAAUAAGCAUACUUCCCCUAUCCUUCCUGCCAUCAUUAUCUUUUUAGUUCAGGCUUCCUGCUUGUUCACACAUACUAACGGUCAUCAUCUGCUUUCAGUUAAAUUAUAAUAGUGGUCAGACCCUCUAUCUUAGUGUCAACAUACUCUGUGUCCUUCCCCUCACCACUAAAUAAAUGCACUAUCCCUAGGGUAUCCAAUUGCUUAUAGGCAUAUUUCUCUGGUAUGUAUGUUUUUCUUUAGUGGAAUGAAUAGACAAAAAUCUAGUAUGUCAAAGCGCCUAGUAAGCGCUUUGUCUGGUCAAUCUGUCAGCACAAUGGAGAAUAUACAAGGGUCAAAGGGUCAGAGGGCCAGAACGUCCCCCAGUAGACCUCCAUCACCACGGUCCCAUGACCCCUGCCAACAUGUGGUCUGUCACUCCAAUGCUCAGCCAUCCUCCAUCUCCACAUGUUAUCCAUGUAUCUCAUAUUACCACCACACCACUACAACAGCUGAUGAAAUUGAGGAGUAUUUCUGUCUCUAAUAAAGCCCUUUUGUGGGGUAAGACUAAUUCUAAUUGGCUGGGCCUGGCUCCCCAGUGGUUGGGCCUAUUCCCUCCCAGGCCAACCCAUGCCUGUGCCCCAGUGAUGUAAAAUCCAUAGAUUAGGGUCUAAUGAAUUUAUUUCAAUCAGCUGAUUUCCUUAUAUGAACUGUAACUCAGUAAAAUCGUAAAUAGUUGCGUUUUAUAUUUUUGUUCAGUAUACAUUAAACCCAAAAAGGUUCUACCUGGAACUAAAAAGGGUUAUUUAAGUGGUUCCCAUAUGGGGACAGCUGAAGAACCCUUUUCGGUCCUAGAUAGCAAAUGUUCUUCUAAAACCUGGGAAUUUUGGUAAACUUACUGGAAUUUUGUGACUCUAAUCCUUCUCUCCAACUGUCAUGUGAUACUCAUCUAUCUAUCCUCUGUGGUCUUUGUAUUGGAGGGAACUGGUGUACCUGUAUGCUACGUAUGUUUGUACAAUUAUCUGACCCACUGCCAUACUCUUCCUAUUAGUAAAUAUCCAAAUACUAACCCUUUUGUAGAUUGAAAAUAAGUAAGGGGAUGUAUGGAAAUACUGAACUCCUUUUCAUGAAUAACAUUCCAAUCAAUAUAAAUAGUAGAUUUAUUUCAAUCAAAUGUACAUUGUCUUUAUUGAGUGUUAGUUUCAUUUCAAUUUUGCUCGGGGAAGAUGUGUUGGUAUUGACUCAUUUACACCCUUAUGAAGUAUUACCUAUUAGGUAUAUUACAUAAAAGCAUUUAUGUUACAUCUUAUCUAAUGCCAUAAAGUGUGUCAUCAGUGUCCACAAAUAGAGCUGAGAUCACACUGUAGGCUAUGUCUUGUUGUUUAUGAAUCUGCCUAUUAAUCAUGUACUUCUGUGGAGGACUGUGUGUAUGGCAAGUUCCAUGUAGAAGUUGCCCAUAGGAACAGAUCUAGCAUCAGCUUACCAAAAUCCUGACCUUAACCAUGAGGGGAUAAAACUCUAAACUUACCUUGGAUCAGCAUCUUGAGAAAAUGUCAUUCCCUUAUGUGUUGGAAAACUAAAGCCUUGUUCACAUUGGCAGUUUGAAGUGACUCAAA